CGUGGCAAUGACAGUGACGUUUACAAAUAAUUAAUUGCUCAGUGUAUAGGUGUCAGUUCUUUUAAAAUCAUGGCAAGUAAUGUUCAUUUAAUCAUAGCUCAAGCUAACGAAAAUUUAACUGAAAAUGUUAAAAAUGCCACAGAAAAAACUCCUAGCACACCCGAGGGGAUGGCCGUUGCUUAUGGAAGCCUCGUGAUAAUGGCAAUGCUUCCAAUAUUUUUUGGAUCUUACAGAUCUGUUGCUUACCAUAAGGAAAAUAAACCCGAAAAAAUGACUAAGAAAGAUGCAGCUAUAUUUCCCAUUAUGGCCUCAUGUGCUCUUGUUGCACUGUACAUCGUUUUCAAGUUAUUCUCAAAGGAAUAUAUUAAUUUGUUACUGACGGGAUAUUUCUUUUUCUUGGGUGUUUUAGCUUUGACACAUUUAUUAAGCCCUGUGGUGAGUAAAUUAGUUCCUGCAGCCAUUCCAAAUAUUCCAUUCCAUAUAUUGUUCAAACAAGGAGAAGGAGAUAAUACUCAGUUCUUAAUAGAUUACAGAUUCUCUACCUAUGAUGUCGUAUCAUUAAUAGCUUGCUCUUUGGUUGGAGCAUGGUAUUUGAUUCAAAAACAUUGGGUAGCAAACAACUUAUUUGGUCUUGCAUUUGCUGUAAAUGCCGUUGAACUUCUACAUCUAAAUAACGUUGUUACAGGAUGUAUACUCCUAUGUGGAUUAUUUUUUUAUGACAUAUUUUGGGUAUUUGGAACAGAUGUGAUGGUAACAGUUGCCAAAAGUUUUGAAGCUCCUAUCAAAUUGGUGUUUCCUCAAGAUCUGUUGCAAAAUGGACUCGCUGCUAAUAAUUUCGCUAUGUUAGGGUUAGGAGAUAUUGUAAUUCCUGGAAUAUUCAUAGCCCUUUUGCUGAGAUUUGAUAAUAGCUUAAAACGUAAAACCAAAACUUACUUCCAUGCAUCGGUAAUCGCAUACUUCCUAGGACUGAUGGCAACAAUUUUUGUUAUGCAUGUUUUCAAACAUGCUCAACCUGCUUUACUUUACUUAGUUCCAGCUUGUUUAGGUACACCUCUGAGCUUGGCCUUACUUAAAGGAGAUUUGACUGCUAUGUUUAAAUACGAGGAUUCUCCAGAAAAUGAAAAAUCAGAAGAAAAGAAAAUAGAGACACAGCCCAAGCAAGAGGCUAAGAAGGCCAAGUAAUGAAAUAUUUGUUUAUUAAGUUUUUUGUGGUCAAAAUUUUCCAUAUUUUCCAAUAUAUAAAAUAUUGUUUCUCUGCACAAUAAAAUUUUUGAUGAAACCACAUUUAGUGCAAUUUAUGUUGUUUUUAAGUUGUUUUAUAUUUUCUAUUAAAAUAUUCAGAAAA